AUGCCAAAAGCAGGCGUCGAAUCGCACGGCCUGCUGCAGCCAGAAGAGUUUGAUAUCGAUGAGCUGGACUAUCUUGAGCCGCAGAAUCACGUCUCGGACUCUUCGCGAAAUCGCAAGAGUAGAAGAAACCGAUGUCUUCGGCCUCGAUGUCUUUGUUUUUCCAUCGCCCUCAUCAUCGCCCUAUUACUCGCGGGCGUUGCUCUAAAUCGGGGAGGGCACGUGAGAAUACCCAAAUUUGGCUCGACGCCGUCUGGACCAAGCGUACCCUCGUAUCCAAAGGUGCCCUCGGAGCCGGACGAGGCCCAGCCGCCCACAUUUCCAGACAGCCCUGAAGAUUCGAUAUUGUCAUCAAAACCAGACGCAUCCCCCAUUGAAAUAUCUAGGGUCGAGACUACCUUUACAGCAGCAAUUACUACACCGACUACGGCCCUUGCUGAAGAUCACGUUGACGACGAAUCAACGAGCACGGAUUCUGCAGCAACGCCAGGGGCGACUGAAAGUUCGAACGGCAGCAGCUCGAAUAAGUCUGAGACCUCCCCAACCCCCACUGGGUCGCUCCAUGGUGACAAUCAUACUGCUUUUGAAGAAUGGAAAAAGCCUACUGAAUUCAAGAUCAUUGGAUUGAUAUUCUUUGGCAGGCCUGCGACUGUCAGUAUCUUAGACUGCUAUCUGAAAAAGAAUCUUGCGGUCAACGGAGGCUGGCUGGACGAGGUUCAUUUCAUUGUGAAUACGGACAAGAAACCCGAUCUCAAGUGGCUAGCCGAAUUGGUAAAAGGCACUGAACAAUACAAAAGCGUCGACCUUCCCAAAGAGAUUGAGCCUGGUAGAGAUGGCUACAAUGCUGGAUGGGCAACGUGUGAGAAAGGAAGUUUGUAUAUCAAGAUAGACGACGACAUUGUCUUCUUUGAUGAUCACGCUGUUUCAAACAUUGUCUACAGCCUGAUGAAACACCCAGAGGCUCUCAAUGUUGAGGCAAACCUCAUCAACAGUCCUGAGACUGGCUGGCUUCAUUAUCGGUUCGGCGCCAUCCAUGCCUAUCUUCCGGAGCUGAGCAGGAAAAAGGACAGACUUAAUGAUUUUGAAUCAUACGGUCCAACGGCUUGGAGAGCGUCAGCACUUCCUGAUUGGGAAGGGGAGGAGAUGUCUUUCCACGUGGCAGGGGUCUUUAACGGCAAGGACGACGAUGGCAAAAAGCUCCCACCCGACGCUCCCGGUGCGCCUCCAUUCAAAGGUCAUCGAUGGCUUCCACUCCCUGAUGGUGACAAGAAUAUUUGGCGCACACCCAUGGCUGUAUCCGAGUAUAACGCUAAUGGGAAUGACUGGCAAAGCUGGUCUUUGGGCGCCCAAGCGCAUUACUCCUUUUUACAAAACCUCGAAAAUGAUGACUUGCAUCUGUAUCACUAUGGGAACGGGCUGGACCCGAAGCAUGAAGGCCUUUGGAACAUGGAAUACGAGAGGAUGAACAUUAAUUUCAUGGCUAUCUGGGGAAAGGAUGUGUUGGAUAAUUUACCUUUCCGAAGCUUCGACGAUGAAUUGGCGUUAAGCGUAGAGGUACCUCAUGAACUCAAAAGACCGCUACUGGUGAAUACUCAUGCUAUUGCCGCUCACUUCGGAUUCAGAAGUCAGGCAGAGAUGUAUGACACAGACCUACUUGAUAGAUAUCGAGCCUAUGCCAACGAAAAUAUCUGCACCAAGGAUAAUCAACUCAAACCGAUACCUUGA